AUGGCUAGUAUUCCUGAAGUAAACCACUCGAAUAACAUCAUGCUCUGGGAUGAAAGUAUUUUUAGUGGUGAUAACUACGAGGGAUGUGAUGGUUCGGUGCCUACUGAGGGGAGAGAAAAUACGGCUGAAGAAAAUGUGAUAGUAGAACGUGAGAAACGCAAACUGACCAUCCCAUCCUCUCUGGGUUACGGCGAGCGCGGGGCCGGCAACGUGAUCCCUCCCCACGCUACCCUCCACUUUGAUGUGGAACUCAUCAACAUCGGUGACUCGCCCCCGACCACCAACGUCUUCAAAGAAAUCGACGCUGACGCCGACAACAUGCUGUCCCGCGAAGAAGUGAGUAUAGAGUUAGCGUUCCAAGCCAUGGAUACCGAUGGAGACAAAGAAUUAUCGCGCGAGGAGGUCAGCGAGUACUUGAAGAAACAGAUGGUUCCGUCCGACGGCGCCGAGAUGAGUGACGACAUCAAACAGAUGCUGGAGAGUCACGACAAGCUUGUAGAAGAGAUCUUCCAACACGAAGAUAAGGAUAAGAAUGGAUUUAUAAGCCACGAGGAAUUCUCAGGGCCAAAACAUGAUGAACUCUAAAAACCUAAUUAUUUAACGUAGAAAACUCGCUCCCGCGUCAAUACUGAUUUCAUAUUUAGCGCAGUGACGGGAGACGAGCGUGUAAGUUGUGAGUGCGAUUUAAUAAGUGUCUACAGAUAAUUUAUACCCAGUCAUAAGUAAAUUCACAAUAGUCCUGCGAUGUAUUGAUGUCGAUCUACGGAUCCAACUUUGUGUAGAAUUAGUAAGUUUUAAGAGUCAUUUUAAUAAAUUUUUGUUGAGUCUUUUGUACUUAGUUUAUUUACUUAUGUUGUUGGUGUCAUGGAG